GUUGUCGGCUAACAGCCCGCCCUCAUUACGCCGUACGAAGAGUCCACGUUGAUUGACACUCCCCUAGCUCAAUAGGAAUAAGAAAAACGAAGCGGCUCUGAUAUAUGAUUGGCUGAUGAGAUGACUGCCUUGCCUCUCGGGCCUGAGGCAUUCUGACCUAAUUUCCGGGAGGUCUGUUUAUUGCGCCACCCGAGACCGGCUGCUUCAGGAUAGGGAGAAGUUUUGCGCUGUUUCUGUGUCUUGGAGUUGUUUUAGUUUUUGAGUUUUAUUUUUUCUAUGAUGUAAGCGAGUGCGAUCUUUUGGGGGCGUCUAUUUGAGUACGAAUCCCCAACUAACACUAGCUACUGUGAUGCGCUUUGUUAGCGCUGGGUCCACCUGGAAGCUCAGUAUAUAGUUGUUUACGGACAAACAGAACAUUUGUACACCUGCGCAAAUCAGUGUCCGUAUUAGAGUCCCAGAUUACUAAUCUACAGGGUUAGUUUUGAAGAUGAAGUGUGGGGAUACAUGUGUAGUCAGUUUUAAAUUUACAAUGGCCAGGCUGACUUAUGUUGGCUCCUUUCCCUUCUGGUCUUUGCACCAGCCCAAGUCCUUUAUGAUGUCAUUAUACAUACAGUAUUAUUCCCUUAGCUUUGGUCUUCGUUCUUUCCUUCUCUUCUGUCCACUCUUAGUCUCUAAGACUCCUCCCCUAACUUUUCCCCUCAAAGUGCUGAAACAAUUUUGUUGGAGAAAUGUCUUCAGAGUCAGAAAAGGAUAAAGAGAGGCUGUUUCAAGCUGCCAAAACAUUCUUCUUUCAAAUACAAGAUCUUGCUUCCUCCACAAACACACUUACUGAAUUGUUUAACAGCAGUAUGGAUGCCCAGAUCAUCUUGAUGGCUGUGAAAGAAGAUGGUCAUGUUAAGGAUGUCUUUGAACAAAUGCUCAACAUUUUUAAGGAGAUGCAAUCUGCAGUGGAUGCCAAGCAGGAAAAAAUGCAAAAGGAACCUUUAUGUUCAAAGAUUGCAGCAGCCGUGUGCUCUGUGGUUGAGAAGAGUACCACUGUAAAGGAGUUGCAGCAGUCCGCUAAAGAAAUGUUCAAAAAUGUCCCUAUACCCAUCAUGGUCUCUGCGCUGAGUGGUAGUAGCAUCCUGGGGAAUUUGGAAUCUUCUCUUUCAUUCUUGAUGAAAUAUCCCAUCAUGAAUCUUCGAUUAAGUGACUUCUACAGAAAAGACACCAAACCGCAAUCAGAUGCCAGCACAUCUGAGAAAAGCCCAAGUUCAGGUCUACCCAAAACCACUACAGUGGACACCUUGAAAAAGGUGCAGGAUGCAUUAAAAACUGAGAAUGCUGAGAAUACCAUUGAGUUAGCUGCAGAUCAGUUGGAGAAAAUUGUCAGCGCUAUGGGACCAAUCUUAGAGAUCCUCCAAAAAGCCAUAAAGACAAUGGAAGGCAAGAUUUCUGUGUCUAAAAAAGCCGAUAACUAGAGGGACUGCAACAGAAGUGCUCGUUUCUGUCAGAAAAUCAGUUCAAAUCCUGUGUUUUUAUAGUACUUUUUAAGACCUUUGAUGCCAGACAUGUGGUCUGUUGGGACAUAAGUGCUAAGAGUAGUCACCUGGCAAACCAUUUGCCUCAA